UAUGUGAAUACAAAUGUACACAAAAGGUAAACUUAAAACAACAUAUGAGUACACACACAGGUGAAAAACCAUACUCAUGUGACAUAUGUGAAUACAAAUGUACAGUAAAGGGAAACUUAAAAAAACAUAUGAGUACACACACAGGUGAAAAACCAUACUCAUGUGACAUAUGUCAAUACAAAUGUACACGAAAAGAAAGCUUAAAAAUACAUAUGAGUACACACACAGGUGAAAAACCAUACUCAUGUGACAUAUGUGAAUACAAAUGUACAGUAAAGGGAAACUUAAAAAAACAUAUGAGUACACACACAGGUGAAAAACCAUACUCAUGUGACAUAUGUGAAUACAAAUGUACACAAAAGGGAAACAUAAAAAAUCAUAUGAGUACACACACAGGUGAAAAACCAUACUCAUGUGACAUAUGUGAAUACAAAUGUACCGUAAAAAAAAGCUUAAAAAUACAUACAAGGACACACACAGGUGAAAAACCAUACUCAUGUAACAUAUGUGAAUACAAAUGUACGCAAAAAGGAAGCUUAAAAAUACAUAUAAGGACACACACAGGUGAAAAGCCAUACUCAUGUCAUAUAUGUGAAUACAAAUGUGCACACAAAGGAAGCUUAAGAGGACAUAUAAAAAGACAUACAGGUGAAAAAUAAUUUCAUUACAUACUUUGAGAUUUUGCCUAAUAUAAAAAUUGCAUGAAAUAUAGAACUAAU